AUGCGCACUCCGACCGGCGAAGUUCGCUUCGACGAGCUGCGGGGCUGCGCCGCGGGCUGCGCUCGGCUCCUGCGGCCGCUUCUCAGCGAGGAGAUGUCGGUGGUCGCCCUGUACCUGCACAGCGGCCCAAAGCUUGUCGCGGCCAUUUUGGGGACCUGGCUGGCAAAGGGUUCUUGGGUGCCUUUGGACCGUAAGGCGCCGGAAAAGCGACUACGGGAGUUGGUGGGGCAGAUGGAGCCAGCAGCCCUUAUUUGUGACGAUGACAGGCCUUUCACCCACUUGUCCACGCCCUUGCUACAUGCGAGGCAGCUUAUCUGGGACAGCGACUGCACGAUGCCUGAGGUGUCGUUCCAGGAGUCCAUGGACAGGGUGGCGCAGGUGAUCUACACUUCUGGCUCCACCGGUGCUCCCAAAGGUGUGAUCUUCACGCAUGCACGCCUGGCGCACUCGACCCACUUCUUUGCCGAGCAGUGUGGCAUUGAUCAAACUACUCGUGUGUUGCAGAAGACAUCAAACAUCUGGUCGGUGUUCCGCCACGAAGUGUACCCGGCCCUUUGUCGAGCAGGCACGAUCGUUUUUGGCCUGCCGAAGAAGUCUGGUGACCCUAUGCAUCUGGCAGAAGUCAUAGAUGCCUCCAGUGUGACCUUACUUGUCGCCACACCCUCCGUGCUGCAGCUGCUGCUGGACGCGGGCGAGCUGUCGACCUUGCAGCAAGUUGUGUGCAUGGGCGAGCCGCUCUCCUGGCACUUGGCCGACCAGGUCCUCGAGAAGCUUCCAGCUGUAAAGCUCAUGAACUUCUAUGGAUCGACGGAGACGGAAAACACGACCUUCUCUGUCGGUCGCACUGGCAUGGACAUCUGGCGCCAGAACCGCGCCGUCCCUGCGGGUGUGCCCCAGCCGCAUGUGACCGUGCACUUGCUAAGGCCCGGGUCUUUGGAGUCGGCCCAAGGCAAAGGGGAAAUUUGUUUCAGUGGGGUGAUGGCCACAGGAUACAGGCAGCGGCCAGAUCUUACGGCAGCUGCUUUUAUCGACCACCCGGAACUGGGGAAGCUUUAUCGGACCGGCGAUUUGGGCUCUUGGAAUCACCAGCAGCUGGUGGUCCAUGGGCGACUUGAUCGCCAGGUGAAGGUGCGGGGCUGCCGCGUGGAGCUUGGAGAGGUAGAGGCUGCUUUGGGGCCCUUGGUCGCGGAGGUCGCAGCGACUGUGGCGGAGGGUGCGCAGCAGCACUUGCAGAUCAUGGCCUUCGUCUGCCCAUCAGAUUUAAACUUGGAUGAACUGAAGAACGACGUGGAGCAGCGCGUUCCCUCACAUGCAGUGCCGAGUCGUUUUGUGGCUUUGCCACACCUGCCACGGCUAGCCAACGGCAAGGUGGAUCUUAAGCACUUGGAGGCAUUGGCUGCAAAGCACCUCGCCAAGGAGGAGCAGGAGACGCACGCCAUCCUCGACUCCCUCGGUGUACUACAGCAUCUCACCAAGACGCAGCUUGAAGAAGAGAGAUGGUUGCACAACCAGCAGGCCUUCUGGCUCCUAUUGGUGAUGAUGAUGCACAUGAACUUCGUUCACGGGGCGGCAGUCGACCCCAACACUCACUCCGACUCUGGUCAGCUUGCCGGGGCUGUGAUUCUCGCUGCCUGCCACGCCCAUGACAUGAUCGCCUUUACGCUCCUCCUCGGCUUUGCCGAUGCCCGGCGAGAACCAACACUCGGCGCUCGUGAUGCCGUGGCCUUGGCUGCGGCGCUGGUGAGUACGCUGAUAGUGAACCCUUACGUAUGUGGCUCCGUCUUCCUUCUAACGGAGUGGUUCCUCUACGUCUAUGUCUGGUCCCGUCUGCUGCUCGUCGUCCUAAGCAAGAUUCAUGUGGGCCUCUGGCAGGCAGUGCUCGUCUUGUGCGCCGCAUGCCUGCUGCCAGAUGACUUGAUUUGGUUACAAAUUCCGCUUACAUGGCGUGGAUGGCUCGUUGAGAAGGUCACGAUGCUUAGAUGGAAAACCCUGCAUUUUGAUCUCUUCUUCAUGCCCGGCUGCUACCUCCUCGCCUGGCACGCCACUGCCGCCGGGUUUCUGGCUUGGUUUCGGAAGACUGGGGCCCGACUGAUGAACGGAGCCCGGGAUGUUUUGGCGCAGUACAUGGAUGCGGCCGUUGCCGAGAAGAGCUUGCAGAUAAGCAUCUGUCUGGCAUCCUGGGCCUUCUUCUUGGCGCUGUCAUUCGUUCCUGGAGAAUACGGUUACCUGAACUACAAAACGAUCUACAUUGAGGGGCGUGAGAAGGGGAGCCACGUAGUCACCUGGCAGUACAUGACGCACCCCUCCUUAACCUCCUACGUGAUGCUUUGGCUCGGAGAGUUCUUGCUUCUCACCCUGCCGGCCCUUGCUGUGGGUCUGGGAAUGGCAUUUGUGCCAUGGCACUUCAAGACGAUGGGGAGCACUUGCUUCGGCAGCUACAUCAGCCACUGCAUGCUCUGCUUUCAGGGCUGGUUCCGCUUCUACUUCGACAAAAGACUGCUUUCCCGGAUCACCGACAAAGCUUUCGAUCCCAGGCUCAAUGCUGCAAUUGUGCUCCUCUGGAACGUCCUCUUCUGCGUGGCCUACGCCCAUACGAUCGGAGCAGGCUUCCACCACGUGAUGGUCAGGCUCCUCAAGGGCUUCCUCCCGCCCCAAAGUCAAGGAGAACGGCUGAGCUUCGACCAAGUCUAG